AACUCACUUCGUCUGAAACAUAGCAGCUGAAUGACAAGCCAUGGAGAUCCAAAGCGCGCUUGAAGUGUCAGAGCUUGCCGAGUUGCACAAGGAGUCCUGCGUUGUUCACCACGUGGAGCUCGAAGUGCUGGGCUUCGCUGGUCGCUUCCUGCUCCCGGUGCCGGAAGAGAUGACAGGACGCGAGCUGCGACGACUCCUGGGCGAGCGAUGUUUGCCGCAAGGGGGUGCCGCGAUGUCGGUGCUCCUGAGAAGCGAGAAAGUGGAGUUAAACAAGACCUUGAAGGAGCAAGGCCUGCUUGCAGGCACCAGGGCUCAAGUGUGCUACGCUUACAGGCCGGUGCAGUUCUUGCAGGCUUGGCGCUUCCUACAGGGCUUUCAGGUAGAGGAUGAAGAGUUCGCAUUGGAGGGUCUGCUACACCUGGAGGAUGUUCAUGGAAUGCUCCAGGUGAAGAACCUCCCAUGUAACUUGCAAAGCUUGAUCUUCAGCCCCGAUUUUGCAGAACCUUUGGAGGAAGUGAGCUUGCCAAAGAGUUUGGUAAGCCUGACGUUUGGGUCAACCUUCAAUCAGAGCUUGGAAGGGGUUUCUCUACCAAAGAGCUUACGCAGCCUUUCCUUUGGCAAUGCUUUCAAUCAGAGUUUGGAGAGAGUGACCUUGCCGGAGGGUCUGGAAAGUUUAGCAUUUGGCAAUGAGUUCAAGAAAGGCCAUUGGGACAGCUUCACCUUGCCAAAGGGCUUGAAAAGCCUGACUGCUGGUGCUAGAUUCAACAGGCCUUUAGAGGAAAUCUCUUGGCCCAGCAGCUUGGAGAAUCUCACUCUUGGCACGACCUUUAACCAAGAUGUGCGAGGAGCAAUCUUUCCCAACAACCUCCGUGGUCUAACCUUUGGCAUCAGGUUCAACCGUAGUUUAGCAGGAGUUGCUUGGCCUGAGACUUUGGAAAGCUUGACGCUUGGGAAGGGCUUUGAUCAGAGUUUGGAGGAGGUCACCUUUCCCAGCAGACUCCAAAAUCUAAUUUUUGGCACCUCCUUCAAUCAAAGCUUGGAACGAGUGACCUUGCCGAGCAACCUGCGCAGUUUAGCUUUUGACUACGAUUUCAAUCAAAGCUUGGAAGGAGUCAAUCUGCCCAGCAAGCUGCAAAGCAUUGUUUUGGGACGGAGGUUUACGGAUUCUUUUGGCAAAGUAAUGCUGCCCAAAAGCCUCCUGAGUCUUACCUUGGCUGGCAACUUCAACGAGAAGCUGAGAGAUCUCACCUUGCCAAGGACACUGCAGAGCUUGACAUUUGAAUGGGGCAGCAACUGGAGUCUGGAAGGGACUGCGUGGCCAAGCUGUUUGCAGAGCUUGACACUGGGCUCAUCCUUCAACCAGAGUUUAGAGUCCAUGAAGCUUCCAGAGAGCCUUCGAAGUUUGUCCCUGGGCCCAAGCUUCAACUCACCUUUGGAGUCAUCUUCUCUUCCAAAGAAUCUGCGGAGCCUGUGCUUCGGCUAUGCCUUCAACCAACGUUUGGAGGGAGUGCUUUGGCCAGAUGAUUUGGAAAGCCUAACUUUCGGCAACAAUUUCAACCAGAGCUUGGAUGGUGUCCUUCUUCCAAGUGGCCUUCGUUGUCUCAGUUUCGGUGCUGCCUUCCGACAAAGCUUGGAGCAAGUUGCUCUACCGAGUGGCCUUGAACGGUUGACUCUAAGUGCCAAAACAGAGGUUGGGAAUCUUCAACUGCCCCAAAGCUUGCUGAAGUUCGAAUGUGGCCCAGUGCGGCUAAGCGCAGCUCCCAUCUGACGAAAUCCAGGAAAUCGGCUCACACUCUGACCAAACAAGAAUCAGAAGGAUUUGCACUUAAUAUAUCCACAUGUGGUCGUUGUCUACAUUCAGUGCCACCAACUUGUGAUCGCCAAAGCUUUUUCGGCGAUCAGUUGAAACCCACAGCUGAGGUGAGACAGCCUUUGCCAGAAGGGGGCAAGACUAUCACCAUGAAACACUGGUGUUCACUCACCAUUGCACCAAGCACUAGUAUGAGCACGACCGGAAGCUUGUCCACGUUAUCUUCUUCUGCGGUCUCGUUAUGAGCAAGCAAGCCGCCACUUUCUGCAGGAAAGCCAUGGACAAUCCACUCAUGAGCUCCUGCGGUACGAGCCCAGCCUGGAAUUGUUGAAAAAGACAUAAAUCCUGGUGGAUUUAACAACACAACAUGCCAGGACCCUCCAAGGGGUGUCUAUUUAUAGCCCCUUAGCUGUUAAGGGGUGUCCAUUAACCACCCCUUGGGGGUCCUGGUGAUUUCACUUACUUAGGUGGCUUAAGGAGAAGGAAGGACUUCUCCAUGAAUGAUCGAUUUCUUUCUGGAAUGUCGGUAGCGCGGACUUGGCUGCAAAGACUUGGUCGCACGCACUCAGG